AUGGCGAACAAGACCGUUAUCCUUACAGUGGUCAAUGUCGCAGAAUCUAUUCAUGGAGCUGAUAAUGUGCCCGAGAAACUUAACUUUGUCUGUGCUGAACAGGCAGACUUAAGUUCCUCGGGCACGUCAUCAGCUCCCGUGGAAUUGAGGAGGAUCAUCACAAGCUGCAAGCAAUUGCAGAUCUUCCGCCACCACAGAACGUGCAAGAAUCAUAGAGAACAUUUCUGGGCAUGGUACGUAGAAGUAGCAGCCAUGAAGAAGACGAUAAAGUCAAGCGAGGUCACAAGCACACCUAAGUCGAUACUUACCAGACAUGGCAUCCUCCAACAAGUGCGAUCCGACAAUGGUCCUCAAUUUGACAAUGUAGAAUUCUCAUACUUUGCCAAAGAGUGGGGAUUCAAGCAUACAACCAGUAGUCCGAGAUUUCUACCGUCAAACGGAGAGGUUGAACGUGGAGUUAGAAACGUGAAAAAUCUGCUCUCGAAAGAAAGAGACCCAGCUAAAGGAUUACUGGCCUACAGAUUAACGCCACUAGCAUGCAAGUUCUCUCCUGCCCAGUUGCUGAUGGGAAGGCAGAUAAGGAACGGUGUUCCGGUGUUCCAUACCCAGCUUAACCCGCAGUGA